GCAGGCGGCCAACGCUUCAGUCAAUGCAACUCGAAUGGAUUGGCACCGGCGCCGGGGCUGCUUUGAUCAACAUUAAUUGUCCGGGAUGUAUUUUGUUGUUGCAUAGAGUUUCAGCAUGCUGUAGCGCGCAGUGUAACAGACUUUCUAUCCAGCGUUUUAACAGCCGUUGCGGUGACUGCACCAACAAACAAAACCCGUGUUGUGGUUCACCUAAAGGAGGAAACCGUCACCUAUGCUUCGACUGAAACUGCAUCAUCGCCCCAACUGACAAGGACACUCCUCAUCACAGUGCCAGCGCCCACAAGAAGAGGCUAACCAGCAUAACGUUACUGUAGACCCAGACCUGAGCUAGCAGCAGACUUAAUGUGCCUUAGCUAGCUAGUUAGCUAGCUGAGUUCGCUAGCUACGUCAAGAACUUUGUUGGCAAUCUACCAACUCUGGAUAUCAGCUGUGUUUUUUACCCAGUGGUUCUGGUCAAAGUACCACUUUAGAUGUAGCUAGUUAUCGCCGUCUGACUAACUCGUUACAGGACAUAAAGUGGGGGACACAAUGCGUGUUGUAGUUGCAAAAGUUAGGUAACAUCUAGCUAGCUAGCUUGCAAGCCAUGCUAGUUUUUCUUAACGUGACUGGCUGGCUGUUGUGAAUGAAUGUAUCGUAGGCAGCAGCAUCGGGUGUUGUCUGGCUGUCGCGCCUUCACUGAAACGCUGCUGAUGACUCGUUUAUGAUCAUACAAAAACACUUUGUGUUGUCUCCUGACACGCCUGGGACAAAGAAACUCGGAUUUUAUUUGACAAGAAUACCUGGAUCUGUGUGAGAAUAGUAUCAUGGGAUCUCUGAAGGCUCUGCAGGAGUGGUGUCGUAUACAGUGUGACAAUUACAACGAUGUGGAAGUAAAGGACAUGUCAACGUCCUUUCGGGACGGUUUGGCGUUUUGUGCCAUAAUUCAUCGUUACAGACCAGAAUUGAUAAACUUUGACGCGCUGUCUAAAGAGAAUGUCUAUGAGAACAACCGACUGGCGUUUGAAGUGGCAGAGACAGAGCUGGGGAUUCCCGCCCUGUUGGACCCAGAAGACAUGGUGUCCAUGAAAGUGCCUGACCGGCUCAGCAUCAUCACAUACGUUUCCCAGUACUACAACUUCUUCAACAACAAGUCUCAAGCAAACCCCCCUUGCAUGAAAAGGCUGAGUUCUGUCGGUCUGAAUGAGCCAGCCCAGAAAAGACCCCCGACCCCUUUGGAAGACAAACUGGAGGAGUCUGAGCCGAGCCGGCCCGCGCCGACCGGUGUAGAAGCGGUUGCAGAAGUCAAGCGCAGCACGCUCAGCAGCACCUGCGCCGCCUGCCAGAAACAUGUCCACCUGGUGCAGAGGUUUCUGGUGGACGGCAAGCUCUACCAUCGCAACUGCUUCAGGUGCGUAGAGUGUCACAGCACUUUGCUCCCUGGAUCCUACAAAUUAGGAAGUGACUCCGGGGCCUUGGUCUGUACACAUCACCUUGCAAGGCACGCCUUAGCCAAUCGGAACGGCCGGCUAGAUCUUAGUGAGAGACCAGUGGCAGGUCAGUCUGCCAGGAUUGGUCGCAGCACAAGUCCUCGCACCUCGCCCUCUGAGAGGGAGCGGACCGAGACUCCUUCUCCAGUAAGCCAAACGACUGACGCGGCCGUGCCUACCAACGACUCUGCCACAGGCGCUGCCGUUACGACAAAUGCAGCCGACUCUUUGGAGAAAGCAAAAGAGGUGGAUGGAAGUGGCGAGACAGAGGUGAUCCCACGCUCUUCUUCUCCUCCCAACCCUUUUGACGAGAGCGACGAAGAGGAGGACGAGGUGGAGAAAGAGGAAGAGACUAAAACGCCAGCCAAAUUAACCACCAACGGGGACCUUCCUUCCACACCGAUCAGUCGCCAUGAAGGUGCCAGUCGGCCAGUACCGGCACCCCGCCGGGUCCCUGAGCCCACCCCUCCGCCUCCUCGCCCUGCCCCUCGGGUUCGGCUACCCCGUACGGCAGACGGCCUUCCAGUCGGUGAAUCCCAGAAGCCUCCGAUUCCUCCCAAACCUCGAGAAAGAUCCCAGUCUCCUGGAAGCCUGUCCGGUGGCACCCAUAAACCCAAAGACCCACCUUGGCUCGCCCUGGUCCAAUCAGAAGCCAAGAAGAAGAAAGCCCCUCCCCCUCCCCCUGUCGGACUGGCAACCCCUCCCAAUACAGGCUCUCUGUCCUCUCUCAAAGGGGAGGGCUCCAGACCCAGCACGCCCCCUCCACCCUCCAACCCAUUCGAGGACGAUGAGGACGACGAUGAGAAUGGCGAGGCAGAGGAAGAAGAGGGGAGCGCAGGAAGUGCCAUUCCACCCACAGUUGUGGCUAGUCACCCCUGGUACAGCAUCUCUCAGCCGGCUGACGCGCCAGCAGCAGACACUCCCCCCAGUGGAGGAAGCUCGUCCCGCUCCGCCAGCCCCGGGAGUGCCAAGAGCAAGAAACGCCCGGCACCUCGUGCUCCACAGCCACCUGCAGGGCACCACGUUUUCCCUCACUCUCAGCCCUCCUCUUGCUCUCCCUCUCCAGCUCUGAGCACAGAGAGUCUGUCCUCUGGCUCGGACCACAGCUCCUCCCACCCCCCUGCGGGUGGCAGUGCCAGCAGCGACCAGGAGCACGCCUUCACCAAAAGUGUGUCGGAGCCUUCCAUCUGUUCACCGUGUGACUCUGCGGCGUCUCCUUCCUCCUCCUCCUCGACCGAGCGCCUGCCUCAUCCUUCCCUAAGCCCCUACCCUUCUCCCGUGCCGUCAAAUGCCAGCUCAGCUCCGACCACCCCACAGACCAGUCGCAGUUUUGGGAGCCAAGGGGCCGGAGCCGUACCACCACGACCCCCUACAACCCCCAGCCCAUUGGCCUCAGAGGCCACCCAAUCUCACAAUAAGCGGAUCUGUAAGGAGAACCCGUUUAACAGGAAGGCUUCCCCCUCCCCUGCUAAAUCCAAAACCAAACCACCAAAAGGCCCUCGUCCUGCCAGACCCCCGGCCCCCGGCCAUGGCUUCCCUCUAAUCAAACGCAAGGUGCAGUCAGACCAGUACAUCCCAGUGGAGGACAUCCACGGGGAGAUGGGGCAGCUGGAGAAGCAGCUGGACGAACUGGAGCAGAGGGGAGUUGAGCUGGAGAAGAAGCUGAGAGACAACCCUAACGAUGAGGAUGAGGAGCACCUGUUGGUGGACUGGUUCACUCUCAUCCACGAGAAACACCUUUUAGUGCGACGAGAAGCCGAGCUGGUCUACACAGCGAAGCAGCAGAACCUGGAAGAGAGGCAAGCUGACGUGGAGUAUGAGCUGAGGUGUCUUCUCAACAAACCAGAGAAAGACUGGAGCGAGGAGGACAAGAGUCGGGAGCAGGAGCUAAUGGCUGAGCUGGUUACCAUCAUUGAACAGCGCAACCAAAUCGUCAACAGCAUGGACCAGGACAGGCAGAGGGAAGAAGAGGAGGAUAAACUUGUGGAGGCCAUGCUGAAGAAAAAAGACUUCCAUAAGGAUCCAGACGUUGACCAGCAGAAGAAAAAAGGGGCAAAGUUCAAACCCAUUAAGGUGCUCAAGCGGCUGAGCCAUAAAGGAGAACCAGGCAAGAGCCCCCGCAAGGAGAAAACACCAUAGAAGGGACGCAUCCUCCUCCAAGAGGAUAGGAGACAGUUUCCUAUAUAACUGUGUCAUUAAUGACAUGGAAGUGCAACCCAGAAUCCAUUCCCUGCUCACAUCUUACUUGAUGCUUCUCCAAAAACAAGUUUCUUCAGUGACUAUUUUUUUGUUGCCUCCGUGUGUUUUAAGAUAACAACUCAACUGCUUUUAAGAGCGGACGUGUUUGUAAGCUCUCUGGCCUUUCAAGCCAGCGAACUGUACACUGCACUGAUUAGUUGCGUGUUGCUUCACUAUCCUUGCGUUGCCCAGCAUGUCUGCCCUGUAGGCCUUUUUAUCAAGGUUCAGCAGAGGUGUGACUCGGCAGUUCGCUUUGAGUGAAGUGAGUUGGAUGCACGUUGAUCCCUCAUAUCUCUAAGUUUUUUAAUCUGUUCCUGACUUACACUCGUUGGAUACCUGUGUCCUCUGCUCCUCAAUUCCAAAGGUGAGUAGCAGAAUAUCUGAGAAGGUUUCAUGUCAAGACGGGCCUGUGGUACGAGUUUUUUUUUUUUUUAUGAGCUCUGCUUUAAAUCUUGCAACAUCUACCCUUGAAAUGCUCUAUUGACAAUGGAUACCUAAGUUUUUCUAGCUGCUAUGUUAUGAUCGUCUGUGGUUUCCUUGUUUAGUUUCUUCUGGGACAGUUUUGUGAUGGUGUCAUUUAUGUAAAUGCAUAUCAUCAAAGACGUGGAUAAACAGUAUUAAUGUGUGUGUGUGUGACUGGAAACAAAGUGGGAGACUUAAAAUCAGAUUGAUUUAGAAAAUGUGAGGUCUACAGGAGAGCCUUGUAGAAAGCAUUCUGCAGAUGUCAGAAAGUGUAUUAAUAUGAAAGGUCACACAUGUUAUAAUGAAUAUUUGAAAAGGCAGAUAGUUUUUUGACAAAUGUAGCGAAGCACCAGCUUAUAACUGUUUUAACCAUUGAGGAAAACCUCAAUAUGCAAUCAUUAAUUUAUAUUUUACUAUGCCUUUCUGUAUGUUUCCAUGUUUUGCCUUAAAAGUGGAUAGGAAAGUAAUGUGUUAAUGUUUGUACGAGUGCCAUUUAUUUAAUUGCAUGCGUGGAUGAGCGUCAUUUGAGCUUAUGUAAAUGUCAGUAUGUUUACUCAUUCUGUUCCUGUUCUGUCAGUUAGAUUGUCUAUCUGUAAUCUCUGUUUCUGCUAUGUGCCUGUCUUCCUGUCCAGCUGGAACCAAGGGCUUCUGUAGCACCACAUCUGUCAGCUAUACAUUGUCCUAAAACAGCAGCAGGAUUAUAAGAAAAAAAACUGACACUGGAAGGCAGAGGAAUAAAAUAACUCAAUGAAAGUA